AAGCAGGAGGAGAUCUACUCCAUCCCCGAGGCCGUCUCGUCCGGCUCGCACGUGCGCGGCAUGCACAAUUACCUCGCCACGUGGGAGCGGUCGGUGGACGAGAGCGACGCGUACUGGCUCGAGCAGGCAAAGUCGCGGCUCACGUGGACGGUGCCGCCGUCGCGGGCCUGCCGUGGUAACUUUGCGGAGGGCAACAUGAGCUGGUUCGACGACGGGCUGCUCAACGUCUCUGUCAACUGCCUCGACCGGCACCCCGCGAACGCGACGGCGAUCGUGUGGGAGGGCGACGAGGUGGGCGACUGCCGGCACAUCACGUACGGCGAGGCUCUCGCCGACACCUGCCGCCUCGCCAACGCCCUCCGCUCGCUCGGCGUGCGCAAGGGCGACCGCGCGUGCGACCGCGUGUGCGUCUACAUGCCGAUGGUGCCCGAGGCGGCCUACGCGAUGCUGGCGUGCGCGCGUGUGGGCGCGAUCCACUCCGUGGUCUUCGCGGGCUUCUCCGCCGAGGCGCUCUAUCUGCCCGCGCUGCGCGCGCGUAUCGUCGACUCGAGCUGCUGCGUCGUCCUGACCGCUGACGAGGGCCUCCGGGCGCGCGCGCUGAUCGAGCUCAAGGAGACGGCCCUCCGCUGUGAACAGCACCUUCUACCUCCUCGUGAUCCGCCCGCCCCCACCCUCGCCUCACCCUCCCGCCGCCAAGCCGCUCGCUCGCCGUCCGCUCGCCCGCUCGCGCCAGACCUUCUACCUUCUCGUGAUCCGCCCGCCGCCACCCUCGCCUCGCCCUCCCGCCGCCUAGCCGCUCGCUCGCUCCUAUCCGUGCCACCCUAUCCGUGGUCCUGCCGCCACCGCGCCUUCCUCGCUCCUUCCUGCCGCCGCCCUCUGCUCAGUCGUUUGACCCGCCGCCCAAUGCUCCGCCGUUCGCUGCCGUGGUCUGCCGCCGUGCCGCCGCUCCUUACCGUGCCGCUCCUUCCGCGCCUCGCCGCCCUUGCCAUUUAUUCGCCGUCCCUCCUGCCGUGCGUUACCGCCGUGCCGCCGUACCGCCGCUCCUACAGUGCCGCGCCGCCUCCCACACGCACACACCUUACCUCCUGCUCGACCGAGUUUGCGAUGAGAAGUGACCCGAGCCGCCGGGUGCCCCGCAGCGGCCUCGCUGGACCAGAAGAACCGGUCCGCGAGUGCUCCGCAGCAGCCUCGCUGAGCCAGAACGUCGGCUCGCGAGGUGGGGUGCUAAGCGACGCGUACUGGCUCGAGCAGGCAAAGUCGCGGCUCACGUGGACGGUGCCGCCCUCCCGCGAUCUCCCGCAAUCUCGUCCAGGCGCCGCGUCGCUGCCCAUGUUCGGCGUGCGGCCUGUCGUGGUCGAGGCGAGCAGCGGCGCGACGCUCGACGGCAACGGAGUCGAGGGCGUCCUCUGCUUUGGGCAGCCGUGGCCCGGCAUCGCCCGCUCGAUCUGGGGCGACCACGACCGCUACAUGGCCACGUACCUCCAGCCGUACCCUGGCAAGUACUUCACGGGCGACGGCUGCCGGCGGGACGAGGACGGGUACAUCUGGAUCACCGGCCGCGUCGACGAUGUGCUCAACGUGUCGGGGCACCGGCUCGGCACCGCCGAGAUCGAGUCGGCGCUGGUCGGCCACCCGGCGUGCGUCGAGGCGGCGGUGGUUGGUGUGCCGCACGACGUCAAGGGCCAGGGUAUCUUCGCGUACGUGAUCCUCAAGGAGGGCGUAUCGCGACCCGACCGAGAUGUACUUCUCCUUCUUCAAGCCAUCCGCGCCUCGAUCGGCGGCAUCGCCUCGCCCGACUUCAUCGUGUGCACGCCCGGCCUGCCGAAGACCCGCUCCGGCAAGAUCAUGCGGCGCGUGCUGCGCAAGAUCGCCUGCCGCGAGGCGCAGACGCCCCCACCCCUCGACGCAGCGGACAGAAGGACGCACACACACACACACACACACACACGCACACGCACACGCGCGCGCGCACAGCUGACCUCUCCGCUGCGCCAAGGCGGACCAACACAAUCUCCCCAUAUCUCCCACAAUCUCCCACAAUCUCCGCUGCGCCAAGGCGGACCAACUCGGCGACACCUCGACCCUCGCGGACCCAUCCAUCGUCGACAAGCUCGUCGCGAAGGUCAACGCGCUGUACGGCGGCAAGUGAGUCGUCCUCGGCACCUUGGCGCACUGCCGGUGGGGCUCUCAGCCCAGGGCGGUGCGGGUCGAUCGAGCGCAGGCCCGCCGUGGGCGGCGGCCCCAGCCCCGCCCGAGAAGGCGCACGAAAAGCCGCGAGGCGUCACGCGUGUUUUUGGUUCUGCGCUCUCGGCGCGGUGGGACGAAGUAGCUCUCGGUUCGGAGUUGGGAAGAUAG